AUGCCAUCCUCCACCGUGUGGAGCCUCCUCCUGCUGGCAGGCCUGUGCUGCCUGGCCCCGGCCUCCCGGGCGCACAGUCUCCGCAGAGAUGCUGUCCGGGACACGGACGCAUCCCGGCUCGAUCAGGUGUCAGGCAGCCAUCCAAUCACCCUGAGCCUGGCUGACUUUGCUUUCAGCUUCUACCGCCAGGCUUCCCGUCAGCCCAAUGCCACCAACAUCUUCUUCUCCCCAGUGAGCAUCGUCACCGCCUUUGCCCUGCUCUCGCUGGGCGCCAAGGGGGACACGCACACCCAGGUCCUGGAGGGCGCAGGUUUCAACCUCACUGAGAGAGCAGAGGCUGACAUCCACAAAGGCUUCCAAAGUCUACUCCGAACCCUUAACCGGCCGGACGACCAGCUGCAGCUGACCACUGGCAACGGCUUGUUCAUCGAAGAGAGCGCAAAACUAGUGGCGAAGUUUUUGGAGGAUGUCAAGACACUGUACCACUCAGAAGCCAUCUCCACCAACUUCAAGGACUCCGAAAAAGCCAAGAAAGAGAUCAACGAUUAUGUAGAGAAGGGCACCCAAGGAAAAAUCGUGGAUCUGGUCAAAGAACUUGACAAAGAAACUGUUUUCGCUCUGGUGAAUUACAUCUUCUUUAAAGGCAAGUGGAAGGAUAAGUUCAAGACUGAGCGUUUUGAGGAAGAGGACUUCCAUGUGGACAGGAAGACCACCCUAAAGGUGCCCAUGAGCCAGCACAUGGGCUUUUUCUACCUGCACCAGGACCAGGAGCUCGCGUGCUGGGUGCUGCGGCAGAGCUGUCGGGGCAGAGUCUUCAGCCUCCUGAUCCUGCCCGACCCAGGCAAGAUGGAGCAGCUGGAGGACAGGCUCUCCCGCCAGCGCCUCUCCAGGCUCCUCAGAGCCAUCGACCUACGGUCUGCCAGUUUACAUUUGCCCAAGCUGUCCAUUUCUGGAACCUACGAUCUGAAAACCGCCCUGAGCAACAUGGGCAUCACCAAGGUCUUCAGUGACGCGGCUGAUCUCUCGGGGAUCAGUGAGGGGACAUCCCUGAAGCUGUCCAAGGCGCUGCAUAAGGCUGUGCUGACCAUUGAUGGGAAUGGAACAGAACAUUCUGGAACCACCCUUUUAGAAGAGCAUGCCCGGUUCAGGUACCUGAUCAUCAAAUUCAACAGGCCCUUCUUAGUCAUCGUCAUGGAUGAAAGGACCAACAUUCCCCUCUUUGUAGGAAAGAUGGUGAACCCCAUGCAACAAUAG